GGCUUGCGGCACAUGGGGAGGGGGCGCCGGCAGCGGCAGCCCGGGUCGCGCCGCGGCGGCCCCGCCGCCUCCUCGGCGGCAUGGGAGGAGAGGGGAGCGCGGCAGGGAGCCGCCCGCCGGGCCCCGGCAUUGGCGGCGGCGCAGCAGCGCUGGCAGCGGCGGGGCCGGGAGCCGCCGGCCGCCGAGGGGAGGGGUCCGGCUCCGUGCGGUCGCGGCGGAGCCGGCGCUGCGGCAGCAGCAGGCGCGGCGGGGCGGAAGUCCUUUGUUGCAGCCGCGGCGGCAGCAGCAGCAGGAGCGGCGGCGGGAGCGGCGCGGGCAGCUCUCCCUCGGCGGCCGCCGCCUCUACCCGAGCCGCGGGCCUGUAAUUGAAGUACAAGAUGGCAAGAACCAGCCACAGCAACUAUGUCCUUCAGCAGCUAAACAACCAAAGAGAGUGGGGCUUUCUGUGCGACUGCUGUAUUGCUAUCGAUGAUAUUUAUUUUCAAGCACACAAAGCAGUUCUUGCUGCGUGCAGCUCCUAUUUUAGGAUGUUUUUUAUGAACCAUCAACACACUACAGCCCAGCUGAAUCUAAGCAACAUGAAGAUUAGCGCUGAAUGCUUUGAUCUUAUUUUACAGUUCAUGUAUUUAGGAAAAAUUUUGACAGCCCCUGCCAAUUUUGAGCAAUUUAAAGUGGCCAUGAACUAUUUACAGCUAUAUAAUGUACCUGAAUGUCUAGAAGAUAUACAGGAUACAGACUCAUCUAGUUUAAAAUGUUCAUCUUCUGCUUCUAGCACCCAGAAUAGCAAAAUGAUAUUUGGUGUGAGAAUGUACGAAGACACGCUUGCUAGAAAUGGCAGCGAAGCAAACAGGUGGGGCAUGGAGCCGCCAAGUUCAACAGUAAAUACAUCCCAUAACAAAGAGCCUGAUGAAGAAGGUUUGCAGCUAAGCAGCUUCCCCGAACAAUUGUUUGAUGUCUGCAAAAAAAGCACCACAUCAAAAUUCUCUCACACAAAAGAGCGUGUGUCCCACUCACGCCGUUUUGGAAGAAGCUUCACCUGUGACAGCUGUGGGUUUAGUUUUAGCUGUGAAAAGCUACUGGAUGAGCACGUGUUAACGUGCACUAACAGGCAUUCUUACCAAAGUGCCAGGUACUACAGUGCUGAAAAAAUAGACUUUAACGAAAAGGACUCUACUUCUAAAAUCAUCUCCACGCAAACAGAAAAAUACAAGGGGGACUCAAGCCAAGCUGCGGAUGAUUCUUCGUCUCCCGUGUCAAACAUCACAAGCAGAAAAAGCAGCACAGUUGCCUCUGAGACGUCAGGUGAAGAAGGGAGCAGAGCCUCUGAGAGGAAGAGGAUUAUCAUCAAGAUGGAACCAGAGGACAAUCCCACAGAUGAGCUGAAGGAUUUUAAUAUUAUUAAGGUGACAGAUAAAGACUGCAAUGAGUCUUCCGACAAUGACGACCUGGACGAUGAACAGGAAGAGCCGCUUUACAGGUACUAUGUUGAGGAAGAGAUCAGAGAGAAGAGAAACGCUCGGAAGACUUUAAAACCCCGUUUAUCCAUGGAUGAGGAUGAAAGAAAGUGUUUGAAAAGUCCACGGCACCUUAACAGGAAGGCUCCUUCAGUGCAGGAAGAUGUGGAGAACGCUCCCUGUGAACUUUGUGGGUUAACAAUCACCGAGGAAGAUUUGUCCUCUCAUUAUUUAUCCAAACACAUAGAAAAUAUAUGUGCUUGUGGCAAGUGUGGUCAAAUACUGGUCAAAGGCAAGCAGUUACAGGACCAUGCACAAACCUGUGGAGAACCCCAGGAUCUGACCAUGAACGGUAUCAGAAAUUCUGAGGAGAAAAUGGACUUGGAAGAAAACCCUGAGGAGCAGUCAGAAAUAAGGGACAUGAUGUUUGCAGAGAUGCUAGAGGACUUCAGGGACAGUCAUUUCCAAAUGAACAGCCUUCAAAAAAAACAGUUAUACAAGCAUUCUGCCUGUCCUUUCCGAUGCCCUAAUUGCGGUCAGCGUUUUGAAACUGAAAACCUAGUGGUUGAACAUAUGUCAAACUGCCUGGAGCAAGAUCUGUUCAAGAACUCCAUGAUGGAAGAGAACGAGAGGGAUCACAGACGUAAGCAUUUCUGCGAUCUUUGUGGGAAAGGAUUUUAUCAGCGUUGCCACUUGCGGGAACACUAUACCGUUCAUACCAAGGAAAAACAGUUUGUUUGUCAGACAUGUGGGAAGCAGUUCUUAAGAGAGCGCCAGUUGCGGCUCCACAAUGAUAUGCACAAAGGCAUGGCCAGUAGUGAAAUAGGGACUUCUAAGCUUCUGAACAACUGAGAGAACCAGGUUUGAAGAAGACAUGAGGAAGAACUGGUCGGCAAAAGAUUUCAUAAAAACUCAGAACCGCGUGUGCCAGAUCUGAAUUGGCACCACCUUUGCUUUUUUGACAUACUGCAGCAGUCGCAAAAGGCACCAAACCACUCAAAUUAGAACAUGCAGUAAAAGUUGUUUUGGACUCUUCUCUGUAUUAUAAAACUUUCUUCCUUGUGACUAUUAUUUACACCUGUUAAAAACAAAAUUUGAAGUCUCCUUUCAUGGAGCAAACAGCUGAAAGAGGCAGAUGCCAGGUGUUAAGGGCUUCACUGAAAUGAGUUUGCAGAAUUUGCUAUUCAUGUGUUGGAUUGCUCCUUUUCUGAAAUGAGGCUUAUUAGAGUUUCUGUCAAAAACUGUUUAGAUCUUUUAGUUCAAAUAUUAAAGUGUAUACUCAUGAACUAGAACUUAAUGUAUUUUCAGACAGUUGCAAUGCUAAACUAUCAAGUGUUAAAAAAGAGAAAAAAAAAUUACCUGGAGUACAAAGUGAAAGAAAAAUCUUAAAAACUGAGGACAGAGGGUCCCUGAGGAAGGACAGGAUGGUGAGAAAGAUCCAGCUGACCCGAUUCCCCCUGCUGCCAUGAUCAUCAUUUGCAAGCUGAAGAGGACCUUCCACGGAGCACAGUGCUUGUAUGUGGAGAGUAAAGACAUGGUGCUCUGGUCUUAUUGCAAGAAUGGUGAAAAAAAUUUACCAACACGGAGAUGAGUAAAUGUGAAAUAAUCUUCACAGGGAACAGGGUGCACUUUGUUCUGGAUCUAAGCCUUGCAAAAGCUGGCUUGAAGAGGAGAAUCAGGCAUUCAUGUUCAGAUUUGAGCAUUUUAGGAAUCCUAAUGUUUCCAGCUAAAUUAAUGGGGAAAAAAAACCCUAACCAAAAAAACCAACAAGGCACUAAAUGUUUCAAAUUAGGGCCAGCAUGGAUUAAAAAUAUACUAAUUUCUUUUGCUUCCCCCAAACAACAGUGGCUCAGAUUGAGACAUGUAAGCAGACUAAACAAGCUGAUCUAUAUUCUGCUGUAGUUACGCGUCUUACUAAUUCUACUCAUGACUAUAAAAGGAUGUUUCAUUGUUCAGUAUAACUGUUAUCUCAAGAAGAGUCUGUCUAUAAUUUUACAAUUGGCAUAAUUUUCAUUACUGUUGUUAUGAAGUGUGUAAAAUACUGUCUGUAUUGCAGCUUGUAUAGGGCAUGUGUCUGUGCUUGCUUUACUCUUUUUGAGUUUAUAAAGUUGCUAUGCAAAUGCAAGAAAAGAUUUUCAGAUAUCUUUGAAUGUGGUUGCUUAAUCUAAUUACAUAGCCCCAAACAUUUCAGCAUAUAGAUGUUGAAGGUAUCAGCUCUAUUAACACAUAACACCUUAAACAUUAAUAUAGGCAUUUUAAAAUCCUUCAGUGCAUUGGAAUGCUGACACUUCCGUCCCAGCAGCUGUGUUGGAGCAAAGGGGAAGACGGUGAAUAUCUGGGCAAAGCCAGAUACCACUGGGGACUCCACAGGGAGAAGGCACAAUAUAGCUGGGAAGUGUAAUAGAAAACGGGAUGUCCUUUCCAUAGAGAACAGGAAGGACCUUCACGGUAGGACCACUACUGAGCAGAUGAAAGAAGGGAAAUAUGUUUAUAGCAUCACCUAAAGACAGGCCUUCAAUAGUAUACUGAGCAUAGGACAUCUAGAACAGGCUGUGACUGUUCUGUAACUUAGCAAUUAUUUGUAGUCUAUGUAGAGUAUCAGUGAAGACAUUCCAGGUUAGUUUUCAUCAUCUUUAAAGCUUAUUCUGUGCUUUGAUACAGUAUCUUUAAUAAAAUAUUCUUACAAAUCUGCUUAUUAUUCUCAUUUAAUUCCAUCCUAUACCUGAGUUAAUAACAGU